AUGAAAUGGAUUGAAAGUUUUAAAAAGAAUUCUGACACUGGUUCAGCAACACCUUCAUUGGAAAAACAAUCUGUUGGAAGCAGUGUUGGUAACUCUUCAUCGUCCUCCUCUGAUUUCCCUUCCUCUUUCCAAAUGGAUUUGAAAGCUAACGAAACUUUUUCCAAUAACAAUGAAAAGGAGCAAGAAAAUGAAUUUGAAAAGAGAUAUAUCAUUUUGGAGAAAUUGGGAGAAGGUGGAUUUGGAAAGGUCUAUAAAGUAAAGACCAAAAAGACAAAUCAAAUUAGAGCUGUCAAGAUUGUUUCACCAAGUCAGGAUUUCACAAUCAAUCAGGCCUUAUCUGAAGCAUUGAAACAAGCUCAAUUAUAUAGAGAUGAUAAUCACAUUGUUCACGUGUAUGAUGUCUUUAUUGCAGUGGAGAAUUAUGGGCAGAUUGUUUGCAUUGAAAUGGAUUGUAUGGAGGGAAAUCUACGUACAAUCUUUAGAGGAAGAAAGGUUUCGGAAGGAAUGAUUUGGUCAAUUCUGAGGCAAAUUGGAGCUGCUCUCAAGUUCCUUUCUGAGAGUGGAAAGAUUGUACACAGAGAUAUCAAACCAGAUAAUAUUCUUGUUAAGAAAGUGGAUUUUGAAACAGACGAAAUUGACGUUUAUUUGAGUGAUUUCGGAUUGGCCAAGUCAACCCAAAAUUCCAUGCAAACAUCACAUCUUUCAGGAACCAUUUUCUUCCUAGCUCCAGAAAUUCUUGAUUUUGGAAAUUCAUUGAAUGGUGAGACAUGUCGUACUCCUUAUUCGAUUGCUUCUGAUAUAUUUGCACUAGGAGUUUCUCUCUAUCAAAUUAUGUGUCAAACGUUGCAUCGUUCCUCGCAACUAGCCAACCUUUCUUAA